AUGUAUUUCUAUUUCUGCAACAGUCUCUGCUUUCUUCGUUGCCUUUUUUUCGUCAUUUUCGGCAUUUUUCUGCUCCGAGUCUACCAUUUUUAUUCGUCGGCUUUUGAGAGACUCCAUAAACAAGAAAAUGCGACACUUUUUCUCAAUUGGACCCAAGUGAAUAUCGAAAAACCGCCGCUUUUUCUGGAUGAGGCUUCGGCAAGGACACGACUCAAUGAAUUGCUAGCCUCACCAACCUCGAAAUGCACGCGAGCCGAUGCACAGAAAGCCAGCCACGGGCUCACCUUUCAUCCAUGCCCCGCGCAGAGAAAUGAUCUAUGUCUACUUAUUUCUUCAUCAAAUACUUUUGGGAGCUUUAUCAAUUAUCUAAAUUGCUUAAAAUGGGUGAUUUUUGUGCCAUUCGGAAGCGAUAUUGUUGAUGGGAUGAGAGGUGAAAUCGAGGUGAACUAUUUGAUGAAAUUCGAUGAAUGGACGAGUUGGGAUCUCUCGGAAAUCGAGAAUCCCUUGAUUGGAACCAAUUUUUCAGCAACUUUACUCAAUUUGGACUCACCAAAAGGAAAUAGAAAGCUCAAUUCGGAAACGCUUCCGAAAACAUUCACCAAAAUAACCAGUUUACUCUCAACUCGUUCUCUUUAUGUGAAUUUUCGCUUACCAAAGUCUGGCAUUGGAGUGGUGAAUGAGUAUUAUGAUUGGGUUUUGGGGAACUUUUACGAAAGAAAUUUGGCGUUAAUCGGAGCAUCAACUAG